AAAAUAAAUACAAAAGAAAAAUGAAAUCCCCUGCUAAAGCUGCAGUUUGCAGUGGAUCGUGGGGUGCCAUGGAAGCAACAGCAAUUUCUUCUUUAAAGCUGUUAAUAACAUUUCCUGCAGACAAGAAAGCUCUAAAUACUACUAGGAAGAAGAGAGAUACAAUCCAAUUCUCCGAUCAGUUUCCAAAUUCAAAAUCAAGUACCGGACCUUCUCCUACUGGGAUUCCAAUUAAUGGAAGAAGAUUAAAAACCAGGUCGAAGAUCUUAGCCAUCAAUGACCAUGGUAUUUCGGCUGCAGCAGAUAUAGCCCAAGUGGAGGUCACCUGGCAAAUUAUUUUUGGAGCUAUAGCUGGUGUAACACCCUUCGUUGUAGCUGGGAUUGAGUUCAGCAAAAGAAUAAUAGCACAACGAAGGUGUCAAGUAUGUGGGGGAUCUGGACUUGUUUUAAAGGACAAGGAUUAUUUUCGUUGCCCAGAAUGUGGAGGGUUUUUACCAUGGCAGACAUGGAAAAGAUUCUUCUCUGGUUAGCAUGUGUGUGUAUUUUGGUAUUCAUAUAUAGUUUCUUAUUUAUAUACGCGAGUAUUUUAUAUA